AGCGCAUUUAUUCCUAAGGCACCCCGUUUAUUUUUUACCCUCGCCUCCUGUCAACGUUUAACGAGCAAUUUAGUGACUCUUGCUGUCUGUCACAGUGUCAAAAUAAACGUUUUAGAUUACAGUGUGCAAACCAAAAACGCUUAAUUUGCACCCAUUACACGUUGGACCCCAUAGCUAAUAAGCUUUAAACUUUACCAUAUCCAACAUGGUGAUGCUUUUACAGCAAUUUUAUAAUUAGUAUUUCAGUCACCACAGAGUAUGUUUUAAUGUGGUUUGGGCUGUGUUUGCGCCCAUGGCUUGUUUUGUGGUCCAUAUAUACUCACAAUCACCCGCGUGCUAUCCCACCUUGCGUACCUUCGGAUCAUGUUGGUGUUGAAGCUCUUGUUGUGUAUCACUUUUGUUGUUUCUUACCCCGUAUCUUUGGACUUGAGUCAGUCUUUGGACUUCCAAGUAAUUUCUUCCAACGUCCGAACCGAUACAAAAUGGAGGUUUUGUCAUGAACACAGAUGGAAAGAGCGCAAAGUCCAGUUGAUACAAACACUUCACCACCACGCAACUUCCAAGUUGCCAACCCUUAUUGGGUUGCAAGAAGUGAAACAUAACCAGCUCAUGGAUUUAGAAGAAGGAUUAAACCACUUAACUGAUGGUAAGGACUGGGAUUAUUUUGGAGUAGGUCGUGACAACGGAAAGAAAAAGGGUGAAUAUGCCCCUAUAUUCUACAGAAAAUCACAAUGGGAGUUACUAAACGGCACUACUGAGUGGCUUAGCCCCACGCCUCGUCUUCCCUCCAAGGCAUGGGGUGCAGCCGAUGUACGGAUUGUCACAAUAACCACUUUCAAAAACAAGGAAACAGGCAUAAUCAUUAAUAUGCUCAAUACCCACUUUGACCACAAGAGUCAAUUGGCUCGUGGAAAGUCGUCCAAGUUGAUUCUUGACUGGAUACAUCAAAUUCCUAAUGACCAUGAAACAUUUGUUUCGGGCGAUUUCAACUCCCAAUCCAGUGAUGCUUCCUAUAAAACUCUCAUACAAGACCUUUCUGAUACUCGAAAGGUGAGCCGUGUCAAAGAUACGCAAAUGGCUACAUACACCGGAUUUGAGCCUGAAGAUCCGUCCACUGUGAUUGAUUUUGUGUGGUGUGCCAAGGAUGCUAAUAAGGAGAAUUCGCACACCUCUGUCAACAAAUACAAUGUGUUGGACACGUGGACGGAACGUGGCUAUAGAUACUCAGACCAUCGUCCGGUGGUGGUGGAGUUUUCUGUGAAACCAAGAUGAACUUGAUGAGUGUUUCUUUAUAUAUUUACUCAAUCGUAAAUUUGUUUUUAAUUACUGCAAAAUAUUGAGCG